AUAAGGGCAUAUAAAAAUAUAUAAAUUGGAAAACAUCUUCAUCAAAGCUCGUCAUUCGAGUUGAAUCAAUUGAUUGUGUAUCAUUGAAGACGCUACUGCUUUUUCUUCUGUCUUUUCAUUCUUUGGAACUGUAGAAACUAGGCUAUCUGAAAUAAUCAUGAAACAUAUUAUUGCAAUUGUGCAAAUAUUGACCAUGAUUUGGUUGGUCGCCUUGGCAUUCCCACAAAGAGAUUUCCAGUGGUCGAGCGAGAUUUUAGAUAAUUUCGAUAAUACGCUGAGCAGCACCACACAAAGAACAACGACUAAUUGUCCGUGUAUUGCAACUGCAGAAUAUAAUCCAAUAUGCGGCAGCGAUAAUGUUACCUAUUGGAAUAUGGGAAGAUUUAAUUGUGCGAAAAAUUGUAAUCCACGACUUGAAGUAAAGGUUAUCAGAGCUUGCGAACCAUACAGCCAGCUAAGCAGUAGUUGAACGGUUCAUUAUCACUUCCACGACUGAGAAAAUGACACUAUAUAUGAAUGCAGAUAAAUAAGUAAAGAUGUUUUAUAAUGUAAAUACUUUUAUAAUUUUAACUUUUUAUAUUGUUAUUAUUUUUCGUUUAAUAACGUUAAUUCUGACAUUGUAGUAUUACAGAUUUGUAUAUUAUUAUAGCGGAAAUUUUUCUGAUAUCGUAAUCGCAAGUUACUACCACAUUAACUACAACCUUCCAAUAAACCUAUAUAUGUUAUCAAUAGUCAAUGUAUUACAUCGCAUGUGCAUAAAGUGUAUGAGUUUUCCACGAAUUGUCAAGUGCUAUUUAAUGAUAUAAAAACUAAUGUAUGUAUAUUUUAGUAUUCUUGUUAAAUUAAAUUACUUUAUGUAACACAUUUUAUUAUUUAUCAUAUUAUAAUAUUAAUUCAACAACUAUCAAUAUUGACAUUAACAUUCUAUCACCAAAUUAUUCUAGUUUGAAAAAAAAAAAUUUUAUUGUAGUUGUCGAAUGAUGUAAUCAAAGAGAUGAUAACUCUGCUAAUAGGUUAUUAUUAGCAUUCUUAUGUGAUUUGUAGAAAUAAGUCUGACGAAUAAAUGCUCACUCGG